UUUCUUAGAUGCCACUGUUGGCGGAGAGGAAGUUCCGGAGGACCGCAGCACGCAGACGCCAGAGCUCGGGCUCGCGCCAGCGCGCCGUAAGUGCGCAGGCGCGCCGGUCGUUCUCUUUUCGGCUCUUCCUUCUCCCGGUCUCCGGACGUCAGCGGCCGUUGGGUCCUAUGUCGCGCCGGGCCCUCCGGAGGCUGAGGGGGGAACAGCGCGGCCAGGAGCCCCUCGGGCCCGGUGCCCUGCAGUUUGCCCUCCAUGAUGACGAUGAUGCGGAAGAAGAAGGUCCAAAGCGGGGAACAGGCGGCCGGCGCCCCCGGGGCGCAGGGAAGGAAGGCGUCUGCGUCAACAACCGGUUCGAGCUGAUAAACAUUGAGGACCUUGAGGAGGGACCAGUGCUGAAUGGGGAGAGACCCGAGUGUCUGCUCACAGGGAACAGAAGGAGAUCCCAGAGUGGAGGUGCAGAUGCCAAGAAAGCUGGAGAAGUGGCUGGCAAGGCAGCACCCCCAGAGCAGUCUAAUAUAAGUGGCAAACUCCGAAAGAAGAAAAAGAAACAGAAAAAUAAGAAAAACACUGCAGGAGAAAUUCUGGAAAAUGGGCUGGAAGAUAUUGAUCGCAUCCUGGAGAGGAUUGAGGAUGGCGGUGGUUUAAGCCGCCCAGGCCCGCCUCCCCUGAGCUCAAAGAAGCACAUCCUGUAUGUGGAGCACAGACACUUGAAUCCAGACACAGAACUGAAAAGAUAUUUUGGUGCUCGAGCUGUCCUGGGGGAACAAAGGCCGAGGCAGCGGCAGCGUGUGUACCCCAAGUGUACGUGGUUGACGACCCCCAAGAGCACCUGGCCACGGUACACCAAACCAGGUCUGUCGAUGCGGCUGCUGGAGUCCAAGAGAGGCCUCUCCUUCUUUGCGUUUGAGCACAGUGAGGAGUACCAGCAGACACAGCACAAGUUCCUGGCCGCCGUGGAGUCCAUGGAGCCCAACAACAUCGUGGUUCUGCUCCAGACCAGCCCGUACCACGUUGACUCGCUCCUGCAGCUCAGCGACGCUUGCCGCUUUCAGGAGGAUCAGGAGAUGGCCCGAGACCUCGUAGAGAGAGCGCUCUACAGCAUGGAGUGUGCCUUUCAUCCCUUGUUCAGUCUCACCAGCGGGACCUGCCGGCUGGAUUACCGCAGACCCGAGAACAGGAGCUUCUACCUGGCCCUCUACAAGCAGAUGAGCUUCCUGGAGAAGCGCGGCUGUCCCCGCACGGCGCUGGAGUUCUGCAAGCUCAUCCUGAGCCUGGAGCCGGACGAGGACCCUCUGUGCAUGCUGCUGCUCAUCGACCACCUGGCCUUGCGAGCGCGCAACUACGACUACCUGAUCCGCCUCUUCCAGGAGUGGGAGGCUCAUCGAAACCUGUCUCAGCUCCCGAAUUUUGCCUUCUCUGUGCCGUUGGCCUAUUUUCUGCUGAGUCAGCAAGCCGACCUCCCUGAGCAGGAGCUCAGCUCUGCGAGGGAACAGGCCUCUCUCCUGAUCCGACAGGCGCUCACCAUGUUCCCUGGAGCCCUCCUCCCUUUGCUCGAGUACUGCAGCGUGCGGCCAGAUGCCGCUGUCGCCACUCACAGCUUUUUCGGACCGGACGCUGAGAUAAGCCAGCCCCCUGCCCUGAGCCAGCUGGUGAGCCUGUACCUCGGAAGGUCGCACUUCCUCUGGAAGGAGCCGGCCACCAUGAGCUGGCUGGAGGAGAACGUGCGCGAGGUUCUGCGGGCGGUGGACUCCGGGGACCCUGCGGUGGAAGCAUGUGAGAGCAGGCGGAAGGUGCUGUACCAGCGUGCGCCCAGAAACAUCCACCGCCACGUGGUCCUGUCUGAGGUCAAGGAAGCCGUUGCCGCCCUCCCCCCGGAUGUGACCACGCAGUCUGUGAUGGGCUUUGACCCUCUGCCUCCUUUGGACACCAUCUACUCCUACGUCAGGCCAGAGAGGCUGAGUCCCGUCAGCCACGGAAACACAAUUGCCCUCUUCUUCCGGUCGCUGUUGCCCAACUACACCAUGGAGGCAAGCAAGGAGAACUUGGCACCCUGCCUCUUCCAGCCUUAAAUACAUCCAGAUGGGGAGGUGAUGUCCAGAGCUGCAGCAGCCAUUUUGCAACCAGGAGUCGGUGACCUCCAAAAUGAAGAGCCAGUGUCCUAGGGGUAGUGAAGCAGAGAGAGGCUGGCCCCAGCCCGUGAUGAAACUGCUCACCGCUGGGCCUGCUGUCCUGAGAGACUAAAAGCUCAUCAGUGCUCAGCCAGGCUGGUUGGGUUUAGGUUAUUACUUGCAGUUCUGUGUUUCUAUUGGAGACAAGAAGACAGCCAGGUCUCACGUCUGAACAUCCGCUCUAAGACUCGACCUGCCACCCCGUGUCCAGGUGAGCGUGAAUCGGCUCCUCCCGGGGCUGAUGCGUUGUGCCCUCUCCCACCAAGCCAGACCCUACCUCAGGGUCUCUGGCGCGGACACUGCAGGGUGGGCGCAGAAGCCAUUCCCCUCCCUGAGUUCAAAGAACCCACUGUGACCCAGCCCUGAGCCAGGCCUUCCCGAGGUCCCCCCCCCACCCCCACCGUGUCCAGAGUCAGGGGGACCGGGCCGCACACCCCACAUGUCUGCUUAUGCGGCCGCGUCCCCCGGCUGGCCCUCGGGGGGUAACCUCUGUGAAGGAAGCAGGAGGACCCCUACCUCCUGCUGUGGCCACGGCUAGGCACAGGUAUCCCACUGGACUUUGCACCCCAGCCCCCACACGGAGCUCCUCGACCCAUCGAAUGCUCGCGUGUUGUCGGCCUGCGUGCGCCUGGCACUGCGCUUGGUGCUGGGGACACGGCGACUGAGGGGUUCCUGCUCUUAACAGCCUCCUCACGUGUGGGUCAGGCACGUUGUCUCAUGUUGACACGUGCUCUGAGGGGACAGUUGUGUCCACCACCUGUCCCCUGGCCGUCCCUCAGUUUCCCUUAGGGGCACCGGAGGUCGGAGUUGCUGUAAGAGGCCUUGGGGAUUAUCUGUGAUUUCCUUUAGACCCUUCCCCUCACAACCAUAACUAAUCACAACGCUGACUGUCUCCCUCCCGUGAAGUCCUCAACAGGCACAUCAGAACCAGAUGGGGAGUCUCGAGGCCUCACCAGGAAGAAGACUGGUUGUCCGCCAGAGGCUGUCCAGUUCUCAGGCCCUUUGAAGUCUCAGGCCGGGGGUGGGUGGGGGUGGGGAGGGCGCGUCCAUCUCAAAGGCCUCAUUUGUGGAGCUGGAAAUACUAACAGCCCUGAAGUGUGACGGCACAGAGGCGGGGGACAAGGCUGCUCCCAUGACAGACUCUUGGUCGGUGCCCCCACAUGUGGAGGGUGGUCAAGAAGCUGGUCCCUGGUGAUGGACAGCCGCAGUGUGAGUCCUGGGACCACCCCCACUGGCCGUGGCACCACCCUGUGGUCCUGGGAGCCUUUGCUCCCUUUGGAGUUCUCCAUCAGGCGGAGAGAGUGGGAGGUGGAGUCCACAGAAGGCAUAAAGCUGGGACGGGCCGGGGGGGGGGGGGGGUUGGUGUGUUCCAUCAUGUGCCUGGUUCCUGGGGGGUUUGGGCUUUUCGUCUUCUAUGGUGGGGGUUGCUAGGCGUUGCCCCGCGGGAGCCCUUCCCUGUGUCCACCAGAAGAUGGGACAGGAACGCCUGGCGGGUCUGGGGAGACGUCCAGGGUGCUCUGUACGCCAAGGACCGCUGCUCGCACCCGCAUGGCUGUCUGAGCGCGAAGCAGAGGAAAGCAGGAAAGCACACGCAGAAUUCACUGAUGGUCAUGGGGUGGCUCCCAGGGCAGGGGGGAUGCCCCAGGGGUUCUGGUGCAGUUCAUGUUUGAUGGCUUGAUCUGGGUGCUGCUUUCCUGGCUGUGUGGAGGUUGGGGCACCCACUCACCUGCACUUUUUAUGAUUUGUGUACUUCUCACGUAUGAGGUACUUCAAUAAAGAGCACAAACCAAAGGGGGUAAAGGA